AUGCCCCUGCAUCACAUCACGCACCUCACCCUCCAACCCAUCCGCACCUACCGUCCUCGCCCACGCCCACGCCCACGCCCUCGCCCUCGCACCCCGCCAACACCCGCACCCAGCAUGUCCACCUCUACAGCCAAGAAGCGCUCGCGUGACUUCCUCCCCAACAACAACGAUGACGCCGACGCCGGCGACGAGCAGACAAUCGUGCACAGCCCCGUCUCGUACACGCCGCCCGUGUCGCCGGGGGCCGAGAAGCGCGUGCGCAGCAGAGGCAGCUACCGCGCCGAGACCGAGAGGGGGAGCUACCGCGAGGAGCGGGGCAGCUAUCGGGAAGAGAGGGGCGGGAGUAGGGGCAGCAGGGGCAGCUAUCGGGAUGGGAGUAGGGGGAGUCACAGGGAGGAGAGAGGCAGUGGUGGUGGUGGCACGCCGAGUGGCAGUCCACCAAGGGACCUGGAGAGGGUGACGGACUCGCCUGUACAGCGGGAGCGCGAGCGUGAUGGGGGACAGGGACGAGAUCACAGCUCGUCGAGAGAGCAGAGCCCUGGGCUGCGUGGUCGGAGCCCCCUCCGCACAUCGACCUCCCCGCCCCACGAUCCACCCGCAACACCCCAGCCACUCUCCCCCUCUCUCCGCGAAAGCACCACACCCUCCCCCAGCCCCCCACCGCACGAGCCCCGCCAAUUCCACUCCCAGCCCCAAUCCCAAACCCCACAAUCACCCCCCUCCCCUUCACCGCAGAACCGACCCCCUCCUCCAUCAGAACCCCAGCAGCAAUCACAAUCACAAUCACAACCACCACCAGCAGCAUCACAAAAAGAACCAGAACCAGAACCAGAAACCGAAAAACCACCACCACCAGCAGCCCCCGAAACAGACGACCUCCUCGUGCAGCUCCCGCCCCACGACUGGCCCUCGUUCCUGGCGCGCUUCACGGCCGCACUGCACGCCGUCGGCGACGAGAAGGAGCGCAUUGCGCGCGAGCUGGAUAUGUGGAACUGGAUGUACGAGAUCUGGAGUACCUCGCGCGACCGCGACGACACGCGCCGGCUCAGCAGGGAGAUGGCGACGAUGGUGCAGUGGACGCAGAUGAAGGAGGAGGAGCUGGAGCGCGCGCGCGAGGAGCACACGAGGAGCAUGUUGGCCAUUUCGGACGUGUUGGGCAUUGCGCCGAGUGGUGGGCCGCCGGGGAGGCGGUAG